AUGAGAAGCAUCUCUGGAGGGGCCGCACCCACCUUGAGGCAGUAUAUAAGUCCAGGUGUGGCUGGUGAUACUCAUUCUCAGGAAACGCACCUUCAAUAUCAAGCCGAAUCCUCAACCCCUGCCACAAUGAGCUACUAUGGCAACUACUAUGGUGGCCUUGGCUAUGGCCUUGGUAGUUUGGGUGGCCUGGGCUAUGGCUAUGGCUCCAGCUAUGGUCUUGGUGGCUAUGGUGGUUAUGGCUAUGGCUACUGCCGUCCUUUCUAUGGAAGGUACUGGUCAUAUGGAUUUUUCUGA